AUGUUUAACAGUCGGUUUUCUUGUAAGGUUGCCAACGACAUUGGGUAUCCGGUCAUGAUUAAAGCUUCGGCAGGAGGUGGUGGAAAGGGAAUGCGUAUAGCUUGGAAUGACAAGGAGGCCCGCUUUCCAAGCAAGAGGCGAAGUCUUCAUUUGGAGAUGAUCGUAUGCUCGUUGAGAAAGUUUAUCGAUAAUCCUCGGCACAUCGAGAUGCAGGUGCUCUGUGAUAAACAUGGAAACGCCAUUUGGCUAAAUGAACGUGAAUGUUCUAUUCAACGUAGGAAUCAAAAGGUGAUUGAAGAGGCUCCAAGCAGUUUCGUUAUUCCGGAGAUGCGUCGCAAGAUGGGCGAACAAGCAUGUCAGCUUGCAUUAGCUGUGGGAUAUGAUUCUGCAGGAACAGUAGAAUUCCUGGUCGACUCGAAAAGAAACUUCUAUUUCUUAGAAAUGAACACUCGUCUCCAGGUCGAACAUCCUAUCACUGAGUGCAUCACUGGAAUCGAUAUUGUGCAACAAAUGUUACGUGUCGCUUAUGGCCAUAAGCUUCCACUCACCCAAGACCAAGUUCCGCUGAACGGAUGGGCUUUCGAGAGCAGAGUUUAUGCCGAGGACCCCUACAAAGGUUUCGGUCUGCCGUCGAUUGGUCGUCUAUCCAAAUAUGUUGAACCUCGUCACAUUGCGGGCGUACGCUGCGAUUCAGGAAUUCGUGAAGGCUCUGAGAUUUCCAUCUACUAUGACCCACUCAUUUGCAAGCUCGUCACUCAUGGUGCAGAUCGUCAACAAGCCUUAGAGCGCAUGGUCGAAGCCCUCGACAACUACGUUAUCAGAGGUGUGACAAACAAUAUUCCUCUGCUUCGCGACAUUUGUCAAGAAGAGCGUUUCCGAUCUGGCAACAUUACCACUAAGUAUCUCCCUGAAACGUAUCCCGAAGGCUUCCAAGGAGCAACAUUGAAUGAAGACGAAGAAGAGACAAUAAUUGGCGUUGCAUCGGCAUUGAACGCCCGCAAACUUGCACGUGCGAAUAUGUAUCUGAAUCACGAACGUCAGACUUCUACUUCUGUAGACCCUUACACAAAACACUACAGGUUCACGGUACAAUUGCCAUCUCUCAAUGGUGAACAAAGAAAGAUUCACAACGUCGAGGUGUACUUCGAGAAUGCAGACCAAAACAAGGCCAGGGUUCUGGUUGACAAAAGAAAAAUCUCAGUCGAUGGAGAUCUCAAUCUUGCCCAUCCCGUCAUUCAUUUGAGUACUGGAGCAAAAGCAAAAAUAGCAACACAGAUUGUUGGUAAACGUGCAGGAGAGAUCACAAUUCUAUUCAAAGGCUCUCCGUUCAAAAUCAAAGUGCUACCUGAGCAGGCGCUGGAAUUCCUCAAAUACAUGAAGGAGAAACCCAAGGUCAGUAAACUCCAUAAUUUUCUUCAGCAGCUUUGCCUCAUUUUUGCCUUAUUUCUUCUUCUUAAGCUCGAUCUGUCCACGGUAGUGUUAGCUCCUAUGCCCGGCGCCAUCAAGUCGGUCUCUGCAAAAGUUGGCGAUAUGGUUAGCGAGGGUCAGGAACUUGUCGUCAUGGAGGCAAUGAAAAUGCAAAACAGCUUGCAUGCAGGGAAAACGGGAAAAGUGAAAACUGUAAAUGUGAAGGUUGGUGAUACCGUCGAUGAAGCGCAAGUGUUGGUAGAACUCGAAUAA